AAACAAGGUAAGGAUAACAGCUUGUAGUAGUUGCAGUUCACACAGCCGACGAUGAUAACGACGACGACGACGACGCCGAUGGAAGGAGCAAUUCUGAAAUUGCCGUGUCUCCGGUCGGUUAGCCGGAACAGUAAUUUCACCAAUCGGAGCUCCAAUUCGUUCCCAUGGAGGUACCGGCGGUUACAUAUUUCAGCUUCAGCAGCAUCAGCUUCAGCUCCAUUAGCAGAAGGCCCGAAACUUGGACCCGGUUCGCUAGGGCAUAUCACCCGUUCCGACUUCCCUAUACUUCACCAGGAGAUAAAUGGCUUGAAGCUUGUAUAUUUGGACAAUGCUGCAACUUCCCAGAAGCCAACAGCUGUAAUCAAAGCUUUGCAGAAUUAUUAUGAAGCUUACAAUUCCAAUGUCCACCGGGGCAUUCAUUAUUUGAGCGCAAAGGCGACAGAUGAGUAUGAGUCAGCAAGACAAAAGGUGGCAAAUUUCAUUCACGCGGCCGAAGCUAGAGAGAUCAUUUUUACAAGAAAUGCUACUGAGGCUAUCAACUUAGUGGCUUAUUCUUGGGGACUCUCAAACUUGAAACCAGGAGAUGAGAUUAUAACCACAAUAGCUGAACAUCACAGUGCAAUUGUUCCUUGGCAAAUUGUUGCUCAAAAGACUGGUGCUGUCCUGAGGUUUGUAAAUUUGACAGAGGAUGAAGUUCCAGAUGUAGGGCAAUUAAGAGACUUUCUCUCAAGGAGCACAAAACUUUUGGUCAUGCAUCAUGUCUCGAAUAUGUUAGCUUCUGUUCUUCCUAUGGAUGAAGUCAUAAGUUGGGCACAUGAUGUUGGAGCAAAAGUGAUUGUAGAUGCUUGUCAAAGUGUCCCACACAUGGUGGUCGAUGUUAAGAAUCUAGACACUGAUUUUCUUGUUGGUUCCUCUCAUAAGAUGUGUGGGCCUACAGGCGUUGGAUUCUUGUAUGGAAAGAGCGAGAUCCUUUCUGGCAUGCCUCCUUUCCUUGGUGGUGGCGAAAUGAUAGCUGAUGUGUAUUUGGAUCAUUCCACUUAUGCUGAACCUCCUUCGAGAUUUGAGGCUGGGACUCCCGCAAUUGGAGAAGCAAUUGGGCUUGGAGCUGCAAUUGAUUAUCUUUCUGAAAUUGGCAUGCAACAGAUUCAUGAUUAUGAGAUGGAGCUGGGUAACUAUUUGUAUGAUCGUCUCUCUUCUGUAUCUGAUGUUCGUAUUUAUGGGCCUGCACCUUCACGAACUGUUAAGCGAGCGGCUCUUUGUUCUUUCAAUGUUAAAGAUGUUCACCCUACAGAUAUCGCUACCUUCCUUGAUCAACAGCAUGGUGUAGCUAUUAGAUCAGGUCACCAUUGUGCUCAGCCUCUCCAUCGACAUUUGGGAAUCAGUGCAAGCGCACGAGCUAGCCUUCAUUUCUACAAUACUAAAGACGACGUUGAUAGAUUCAUCGAUGCACUCAAGGACACAAUCAACUUUUUCACUUCUUUCAAAUGAGGGUAUUUUU